CAUCCAACUUAUUCCAACGCGCCAUAAUGCAGUAAAUUUAUUUUUGCAAGAGGCGCAUGCGUUCAUCAAGCUGAACCUGUGUGAUGUCCCAAACACAGCUGGUAUACUAUACACUCCACUCCACACUGCUGAUCGUCAAAACAACGAACGAACACGUCUGGUGCCAAUUGAAGAAAGUCAACAGACGUUGCCACGGCGAGUGUUUUUCUCUGACGGAUGGUAUGUACGGCGCCCUGCGAGCUGCUAACACCUUCAGGGUUGCGGCCAAAAGUGUUUUGCAGUGCGAGGACCUAAUUCGAGCUAAGGUUCCUGCAGUGUCGUUCGUCGGCAAAGGUUCUUAUCUCCAGACUCCCCACAGGGCCGACUUCCACCAGUCAACAAGUAAAAAUUACAUCAACUGUUUGUGCAAAGAGGACAAGAAGACAAAUUUUGGAGUGAGAGAAAUGGCAACUGGCUCAACCAAAAAAAUGAAUCGGCUGGCUAAAGAAAAGUCUCCAUACUUGCUGCAGCAUGCAGCAAAUCCCGUUGACUGGUAUCCAUGGGGCGAGGAAGCCUUUGAAGAAGCACGCAAACAGGACAAGCUGAUUUUUCUCUCUGUGGGAUACUCUACUUGCCACUGGUGCCACGUCAUGGAGCAUGAAUCAUUUGAGAAUGAAGAAAUUGCACACAUCAUGAACGAUCAGUUUAUCAACAUCAAGGUGGACCGAGAAGAGCGGCCCGACGUUGACAGAGUUUACAUGACCUUUGUCCAGGAGUUCUGUGGGAACGGUGGGUGGCCGAUGAGCAUCUGGCUAACCCCAAACCUUUCGCCUGUCCACGGAGGCACUUAUUUCCCUCCAAAUGAUAGAUACUAUGGCCAAACUGGAUUUAAAUCCGUUUUGCUGGAGAUUAGCAAACAGUGGAGGGAAAAAAGAGAAUCUUUCUUGGAAUCAGGGUCUAAGAUAAUGGAGAUAUUGGAAAGGACGUCAAAAAUGGAAAUUUCGGACUCAGAAGAAAUUUCAUCUGCGAGCUGGAAAACGUGUUUGGAGCAACUCUCGUCUGGAUUUGAAGAUCAGUAUGGGGGCUUCAGCCAGGCGCCAAAGUUUCCUCAGCCAUCAAACUUCAACUUUUUGUUUCACGUUUUCUCUCGAAGCCCUUCAUCUCCUGAAGGAAGAAGUGCACUGAGCAUGAGUUUACACACUCUGAGAAUGAUGGCCAAAGGAGGUAUUCAUGACCACAUUUCUCAGGGAUUCGCUCGUUACUCAACUGAUGAAAGGUGGCAUGUUCCGCAUUUUGAAAAAAUGCUUUAUGACCAAGCGCAAUUGCUAGUUUCGUAUUCCCAAGCGUAUGUUGCGAGCAAAGACGAAUUCUUCCGCGACAUUAUAUACGACAUAUUCACCUACGUUUGCAGAGAUCUUAGUCACUCUUCUGGAGGUUUCUUCAGUGCUGAAGAUGCAGACUCGCUGCCAGGAUUUGACUCUCCAAAGAAAAGAGAAGGCGCCUUUUGUGUCUGGACACACGAAGAAGUUGAAUCAUUGCUGGAAUCAAGAUUUGCUAAAGAGGGCAGUGCGGUGACCUUGUUUGAACUUGCAUGUCAUCAUUACGAUAUCAGAAUGAAUGGAAAUGUAAAUCCUAAUCAGGAUCCUCAUGAUGAGUUGAAGAACCAGAAUGUGCUGAUAGUAAAUGGAAGUGAGGAAGAAACAGCAGAGAAGUUUGGAUUGACAGUUCAUGAGACGAAAAAUGCACUUAAAAUCAUCCAAAGCGUUCUGCAUGAAUCAAGACAGAAUCGCCCUAGGCCGCAUCUUGAUGACAAGUUGGUUGCAGCGUGGAAUGGAUUAAUGCUUUCUGGACUGAGCAAAGCCUUUGAAGCGACUGAUGAUGCCAGCAUUUUAGACAGAGCGAUCAGAGCAGCUAAUUUUUUGGAGGAGCACAUGUACAACAAAGAAACGGGCUCAUUACUCCGCUGUUGCUAUCAAGGCGAAAAGGGAGCUCUAUCUCAAACUGAGGAUCCGAUUUCUGGAUUUGCUGAUGACUAUUCUUAUGUGAUUCGAGGACUGCUUGACCUGUAUGAGGCCAGCGGCAACUCUAAAUGGCUCGCUUGGGCAAAUGAGCUGCAAGACAAGCAAGAUGAGAAGUUCUGGGAUGAUGAGGAUGCUGGCUAUUUCUCAACUGCCCAGGAUCCAAGCAUAUUACUGCGCCUCAAAGAAGGACAAGACGGUGCAGAGCCGAGCUGCAAUUCAGUUUCUGCAUCCAAUUUGAUCCGUCUCGCUGGAAUGCUGGAAAGAGAAGAUCUUGAAGACAGGGCCGAAAAGCUUCUGCUCGCUUUUAAGCAGAGAUUGGAGAAAAUUCCUGUGGCUCUUCCAGAAAUGAGCUCCUCCCUCCUACUGUACCAGGACUCUCCUACUCAGGUGGUUGUGACUGGCGAUCCAAGAAGCGAGAGUGCGCAGCGUCUUUUGGCAGAGAUCCGCUCUCGACUGAUUCCUGGCAGAGUUCUUGGCUACGCUGACGGUGACGAAGACGGCAUUUUGUAUCAGAAGAACCUAACCGUGAAAAAGAUGAAAGUCUUGAAAGAUGGUAAGGCGAGUGCUUACGUCUGUAAGAAUAGCACCUGUUCGUUGCCUGUCACCAAGCAGGAGCAACUUCAGCAGUUGCUUGAUGAGAGCGUCUCACUUCUUUAAAAUAAUACAACUGUUUCAAAGUCUGUUGCCAAACUGAAAAUAAUGAUAAACGAAUUAGAUUUGCACUAGGUAUAAGUAUGUGUGAAACCUGAAAAGACCAAGCUGGCUUGGUUUUUGUCAAAUCAAAAAAAGGAGGCUCAAUCCACGGGUGACUGUUGUUUUUUUGUAGGCAUUAGAACCGUCUAACUGAUAAAUGAAAGUACAAUACAAUUAUGUGCAACAAUUAUACCAAACUCAAUUAAAUACUCCUAAGAUUAUACCGAUAACAAUUUAUUUGACACCAUCUUGUGCUAAGUUUACUCACGAGAUAUAUUUUUGUCGAUUUUAGUGCUAUUUCUUAUCCACCUUAUACAUAUUUUCUUGCCAUGCUGAGUCCUAACAAUUAUGUGAUUGGAACUAACUUAUAUUGUAUUUUUUCUGAACGAUUGCACUGUUCUGUUAAAUGUUGAAGUCUUAAUAAAUGAUGUUUAACGCUUAA